GAUUCAUGGAUCGUUCAGUAAACUUCAGACCUCGAUCUCGACAAAAGUAUCAUCUAUCAAUAUGAAAAUCAUCGUUGUUUUUACGAUUGCUCUCUUCGUUGGUGCAUUGGCACUCACCGAUGAACAAAAAGCCAAACUUAAGGAAUAUAAGGAUUCUUGUAUAGCUGAAACUGGUGUAGAUGCUGCAAUCGUGGAAAAUGCAAAGAAUGGAAACAUCGCUGAGGGUGAUGAAAAAUUAGCCUGUUUCGCUGCUUGCUUUUUAAAGAAAAUGGCCAUUCUAAGUCCAGAAGGAAACCUUAACGAAGAAGUUUUAUAUGCAAAAUUACCAAGCAGUAUUCCCAAAGAGAAAGCUGAUGAAGUUUUCCAGAAAUGUAAAAAUCUUGGUGGCGCUAAUGUCUGCGAGAAAGGAGGCAAUCUGAUGAAGUGUUUCUUAGAAAAUAAGAAAUUCAUCAUAUUAAAUUAAAUAUUAUUAUUAAAUAUUGUAAUUAAAA